GGACUAAAGGAUAAUAGAAUGUAUGUGAUUGCCAAUCAAUGGCAGCUGUUGGGCAAAUGGAACCCUCUUUUGUGGGAUUGCACACAUGCAUCAGAUGCUUUUAAUCCCGUUUUUGAUAUUUCAAUAGUAAAAUAGUACCACAAAUAUCAAUUUAAUAUCCAACAAAAUGGUAUAUUCAGAAUCAGCAUUAAAAACUGGACUAGACUGGCUACUCAAAAAUUAAAAUAGUAGUAUUUUUGAUAAAGCUGUAACUGCUUAAAGGUUGGAUAGUUUUACUAGUAUUAUGCUGUAAAAAUGAGAAUGAAAAAAAAUCCUUCGGGGACUUUUUGGAAAUUUGUACCACACUUUUGGAAUAUGUGUUUCAACGCGUUGCGCUCCCCUCUAAAUUAUGACCCCAGGGGUAAAUAACGUACAGUACUGUAAGUACAGUACAGCACUAAAUAAAUGUACCGGUACAAACACAAGGUACAGGUAAAUGUUUUCGGUUUUUCGGUUCAUGAUAGUACUUUACUAAUGUACGUAUAUACCAUACAAAUCAACACCAAGUUAUGCAUUGGAUCUGUGUACUGAAGGUGUCCGACUGUCACCAUUUUAGAAUCCCGCGCUUUCAUAUGAACGUUAAACUUAACGUUAUUUGCGAGUAUAAAUUUAUUCAGAUCAUCAUAAAGCAUGAAAUAGAUUCUCUUGGUUCGACCUAUUUAUAAGAGUGAUUCCGUGACUGAUGCUCCCGCUAAAUUUUUGAGAGCUCCAAUCGUCUGGCGAUUUCAAAAUUAUAGCCGGUAAAUACUUAGGAUGAUACUAUCUGAACGUAAAACUCCUCGUACAUCUACUCAUCAUUUUUCAUCGAAAUCCGAUCUCAAAAAAAUUCUUUUUGUGUACCUUAGGGAACUUGAGUAUCGCAUCGAGCUGCAACGCCCACCGUAUUGCAGUAAAGCUCUUAUCAUCCUCACAACUCCUCAGCAGAAGCCCACAUUGCUAGUUUGCAAACACGUCUCCGUGAAAUCUAUAUUUUGCGAUUCCACUAUCGUAUUCAAAGCAUCAAAACAUACAAACAGAAAACAUGGGAUUGUUCGGAAAGAAAAAGAGCAAGGCCUCGAAGGAACAGGCUUCUUCGUAUUCUCCUCCGGAUGUCGUCUCUUCCUCGACGGAGGUAGAAGCCGUUGUGCCAGGUGAAGAUGGUGUCAUGGUUUCCGGUAAUGGCAGCGUUACUAGUCUUGGAAGCGACGACAGCAAGAAAGAAUACCUUAUUGAUGGCGAAGAAGAAAUAGAAUCAAACACAACGGAUCAAAUCAUGGAAUUCGUGAACAAGACCAAGGCCACCGCCAUCUCCUACAAGGACAAGGGAAUGGAACAGAUCACUGUUAUUUCAGCCACUGUUCUUGCCUGGUGGUUCAGUCUUUCCAAAGUUACACAGGUUGCGCUGCUAGCAGGAGCUGCUAUUGGAGCAGUAACCAUCGUCGUCGCGGCGGCAGCUGGGGGACGAUCCCCGGCGUUCCCAUCACACAUCAAUGUUGCCUUUGCUGGAAACUCCUACUUUUACGCUAACGAUCUUCCUCGGUUCGUCGAAAGCAUCGGAAACGGACACGUAACGCAAGAUUCCGUAGUGCAUAACUCCGCCAGCAUCCUGGAGUUAGUCAUGACUGGAAACGGUAUGUGGAACAAGUGGUCUACGCAAAACGGUAUGAUCAAUGGUGCGAAGUUUGAUACCUACCGAGGCACCACCGAAUACCUGUACGACAUGGGUGCCUGCUCCGUUCCUCAACUGUUGACUGGAAGCGACCAAAUGAUCACGCCGGGCAACCAACUCGGAGCUUUUGUGAACGAUGGCCAAAAUCCAUGCUUCCAGCAAGACGCAUACCGUGAAUACAAGGAUAGCGUCACACUCAAACACGGAUGGGAUUUUGUCGUCAUUACAGAUCAACCCAAAGCUAUGGCCUUUGACGAGAGUAGACACGACGCGCUCAUGGCCUUUAACUACACCUACGGACCUAUUCUCAAGAAGAAGCAUAUUUCUCCUAUCAUUGUGCAACCCCAUGCCUACUCGUCGUCGGGUGUAAACUCUGCAAGUACCAAUGAUUUAGCGACUUUCACUGCGCUUAUCAUGGAAGGUGCGCAAAUCUACCGAAAGUACCUUAACAAGCGCAUCGGUUUGUUUGCCAAAGCCCAUGUCGCUCCCGUUGGAAACGCCUAUUUGGCCAUCUACGAGGAAAGUCCCAAUGACCUCUGGCCGAAGCUCUUUUUGGACGAUGGUGUUCACCCUUCUGCCUAUGGAACUUUCGUUUAUGGAUGUGUUAUUUAUGCCACCAUGACGGGAUACAUGCCGAAGUACAAACGUGUUGUUGUUGACGACAUGGAAAACUCGGCCCUGUUUGCCUCCGCACGACGUGUUCAGUCGGCCAACUCCGCGGCUGGUUUCCCCACUAAGGACGAGGCUGCUACCCUGUACAAGAUUGUCAAGAAGGUCGCCAUCAGCGGAUACAAGCCUAAGGCUCUCAGGGGGUUCAAGAUCCAAGAAGACGCCGCCGAUUUCCUCGAUUCUACGUCUAGCAACGUUUACGACGGUAGCUACGCCUCGGGAAAUUCUUACGCCUCAAACAACGUCUACAACGAGUAUGACAGCUACAACCAAUACAAUGGUUACCAAAACAAUGCUGUCAACAACAAUGAUUACAACGUAAACAACCAAUACGAUAACUACCAAUACGAUAACUACCAAGAAAACAAUGGCUACAACAAUAACGCCAACGGUAACUACCAAGAAAACAACGGCUAUGAUAACAAUGAGAACUACAACGGCGAUUACAACAAUGGCAAUAACUACCAAGUCAACAAUAACUAUGAAGACUAUCAAGAGAAUGCCAACGGUAACUACAACAACGCCAACCAACAGAACAUGGACGCCGAUGCUGAUGCCAAUGAGAAUAACAACAACGGCCAAUAUGAAGCUGCUCAGCAAUACUACAACGCCAGAAGUUAUCAAAAUCAUAACAGUAAUAACGUCAACGGCCAGUACGGGGGAGGCAACCAGAACAAGCAGUUCUACUACAACGACCUGAAGGAUAAUGACGGCAACUAAAAGGUGAAAAACCACACGUGACCAGACGAUUGAUUCGACAUUUUUGAUCGAUGACAACCUGCAGUUUUGUGUAGUAAUAAUAAUUGUGUUUGACAAAGGAACGUGCAGUGGCUCGCUUUGGUCUCGAACGAUAGAAAGAAUCAAUAAUUUUCAAUGAAAUAAUAUAUGUGUUUUACA